UGCAAGGGCGGAAUCGAAUGUAUCCCAGUUUCCUUUUUCGACACUUUGUAACCCACUUUCAGCGCGUCACAGUAGGUCAAAAUUACAAUCUUCCCUUCUAACACAAACAUCCUCAAACUUCGACGGACAGGACUUUUUAACUAUUCCCUCCCCUCUAAACAUUUCAAAGAAAACUUCCACUCCAUCGCCCAGUUUGAUGCGGACACCUCUUGGACUCCCUAAAAAAUUCCCUGAUCCCCGGUCAGUUCUCUCCUGUCGGAUAAGCAAUACGAUCUGCUCCCCAACUCCAUUCUCUAUUUUUGUGCUUCCUUGUGCUGCCAAGCCCCUGACGUAAUGCUCCGUGUUAAUUAUUAGCAUGUGGCAAGCGAUGCCGAGACUCUCCUCUGCUGCUUAAACAAGAGCGACUGACUGCGGGGAGAAAAACCUCGUCAAGAUGGCCAAACACACUGACCCAGAGUGAAGGGGCACCGCUCCCUGUCCCGUCCAGUCCUGUCCUGCGACCAGCACCAAUGCAACUGCUCCUUUAGAAAGAAGAUGUUCUCUGUGGACAAUGCCAUCAAGACUAAAGCUGGACAGUCACUGUAUGCAGGAGAAAAGCUGAGGAAAGUUUUGUAAGCCCCAAGUGGCCAGAGGGUUGGAGAGCUCCAACUAAUACCAUCUCAAAAUCUUCAAACAGGGAUUCCCUACCACUAAGCCUAACUCCAAAACCCAAGAACAAAGAUGCAAUACAUUGGUACCCACUAGCAAAUAACAUCUCAAAGGGCUAUUUUCUGUCAAACCUCAAGUGAAGGUGAAAGCAUUUUUGGAUACGUCUGCGUGGUGAUUCUCUAGUAAGCUGCAAAGCAUUGUCAUUGGGUUGUGGCCAUCUCUCUCUCCCCCUCUCAAAGAACCCAAUUGCCAAGUCUUGGUACCGUGAGCCUGCCCACCAGAUCAUGAUGUUUCGUGACCAGGUGGGAGUCCUCGUCGGCUGGUUUAAGGGAUGGAAUGAGUGCGAACAGACGGUGGCGUUAUUGUCGCUCCUCAAGCGGGUCAGUCGGACCCAAGCACGCUUCCUUCAGCUCUGUCUGGAGCAUUCCUUGGCUGACUGCACUGAGCUGCAUGUUCUGGAAAGGGAGGCCAAUAAUCCAGUGGUGAUCAGUCAGUGGCAGAGUGAGUCUAAAGAACGGGUCAUCUCUCUGGUUCUGACCCACCUGCCUCUCCUUAAACCGGGCAACGUCGAGGCCAAAGUGGAGUACAUGAGUCUCCUGCCGAAGAUCUUGGGCCACACCAUCGAACAUGGCCGGCACUUAGAGGAAAGCAGGCAGCUUCUGUCCUACGCCCUCAUCCACCCCGCAACCUCCCUCGAGGACCGGGGGAACCUCGCCCUCUGGCUCAACCACCUGGAGGAGCGGGCGGCUGCCCGAGGAGCCGGGGAUUCCCUUGAGCGUGCACCUCCACACCUCUAUCCCCACCACCAGCGCUAUGGGUCGGAUGACCGUCUCAACGGGUGGCAGAGCUCGAGGGACUCUGGGCUGGGAAGUUGGCAGCAGCAGCAACAGGGCUGCGAAAACGGGCACCUCUCACUGUACCCAUCAUCCUCCGUGCCCUCCACUAUCAACGCUGCAGGUACAGGCAGUGGGACCAACACAAUUCUGUCGGGUGGACAGCACAGUCCUCUGCGGCGUUCGGUGUCUCUGACCCCUCCGAUGAGCGGCGGAUCUAACCAGCCUCUGGGGCACGGAUGGCUCUCCCAGGAGGACCUGCGUCCCCGCGGGCCGGCCCACGACCACGCCCCCAUCUCUCCUCAGAGCAGCGUGGCAUCCUCGGGCAGCGGAGGCAGCGAGCACCUGGAGGAACACGUUGCUGUCCGAAGUACAUUCCAUGAGGAGGGCAGCGGGAUGAGGGAUGUGCCGUCAUGGCUGAAGAGUCUCCGUCUCCAUAAGUACGCUGGGCUCUUCUCCACCAUGACCUAUGAUGAGAUGAUGUCAAUGACGGAGCAGAAGUUGGAAGCUCAGCAAGUCACCAAAGGGGCACGGCACAAGAUCAUCAUCAGUAUUCAGAAGCUGAAAGACAGACAAAACAUGCUACGCUGUUUGGAGAAGGAUAUUUUGGAGGGAGGGAAUCUACGUGCUCCUUUGCAGGAGCUCCACCAGAUCAUCCAGACACCCAUUAAAGCCUGCAGCACAGAGGAGUCUUCACAGCGCCACCUGCUGAGCGCAGAGGGGAAGAGCAGCAUGGCCAGUUCCCACCUGGGCGGAGGAGAGACGGAGGGCAGCUCCACGGUCAUAGCCGAGGGAGACAUCCCUGCUCAAUUCACUCGCGUCAUGGGCAAAGUUUGCACACAGCUCCUUGUCUCCGGGUCAGAUGAGGAGAACAUUAGUUCCUACCUACAGCUUAUUGAUAAGUGCCUAAUCCAUGAGGCCUUCACAGAGACGCAGAAGAAGAGGUUGUUGUCAUGGAAACAGCAGGUGCAGGUGCAGUUCCGGUCAAUUUCACGGAAAACUCUCCUUGACCUAACAGGACAGAGAAGAAGUCGUUACGGUCAGUCCAACUCCCUCCCAACCACGGGCUGCGUAGGCAGCAGCGUUCCCACCCGGAGGAACCUGCGGCAGUAUCAGAUGCGGAGUUUGCCUGGUGUUAGACCCGUCCUUUUGAGUACCACCGGCCUGUUCGGACCAACCCCCCGAAGCAGCAGCAGCACUCCUACCGGCCUGAAGCAGGGAAGACAGGGUUUGUGGUUUGCCAAUCCAGGGGGCAGUAACAGCAUGCCCAGCCGCACCCACAGCUCAGUUCAGAGGACCCGAUCGCUACCCGUCCACACCAACCCACACACCAUGGCCAUGUUCCAGCAAACAGAUUUACAGGUGCCUGUGACUGAGCCUGACAUCAAUAACCGUUUGGAGUCUCUGUGUCUCAGCAUGACUGAACACGCUCUGGGAGAUGGCGUUGAUCGAACUUCAACCAUCUGAGAGAAGAAAAGGGGGCGCACAGGGAGAAGGCAUGCCUGGCAGCAGGGGAAAAGGUCAUCACGAGGUCACGAGCCUCUCUGCCUAUAAACUCCCCCCCUCCACCUGCUCACCUACCAACGCCAAAUAGCCAAUAAGAGAGGUGGGGCGUGGUCUACACAGUGCCAUUCACCAUUUUCUGAAAGGCUUAACACAAGCAAGUUCUGUCACUAUGACUACUUCAGCGUGUUUACAUUCGAGUUUGGGAGAAAAUCACAUCUUCAGCACUUCCUUAGAAUGCCACAAAGGGUCUACGUGUCGACAGGCCAUUAGAGGGGGUCCGUAACGCAACGGAGACAGCUCAAAGCGUUCAGGUGGCUGUCUGGGACGUCACAAAAUCCAAACCAACCAGUAGACGAAACCAGAUCAAGACGUAGUUACAGAUUCGAUUUCUGUGCCUCUGUGCAGAUGCGAAAAACAUUACGUUAUAGUAUGUUUACACGUAAUACUGCCAAGAAAAUCAGAAGUCAUUUUUUUCAGGUGCGAGCGUUGUCAAAAUCCGAGGACGGUGUACAGCUUUAGGUUCCCAAAUGGCUUCAUACUAGUUUACAAUUGUGUUUGUAUUUACUGUUUUGUUGUUGUAGUUUUCUUUUGAGCCAGCAGGAAAGCUGAUUUACAACACUACUAAGACAGUAAGAGCUACGGAUGGUACUCAGAAGAAAGAGAGGGAGCGUGAGAGCAGAGAUGGGAAAGGAAACAGGAAGUGAUGUCAGCGGAAGGGACUGUAGAGGGAGCGAGGAAUGUCGUACAUGGAUUCUGACGUAAGGAAUAGUAGAGGGAGAUCAGGAGGUCAGAGGAAUAUAGGAGAAAUGCCAGCAAAUGCAAGUAGAUGGAAAGGUUGAAGAGGAGCAGGUGAACAUAGAGGUCAGAGGUGCGCAAGUCCAGACAGAAUAUGCAGAAAUAUAUAAAAUAAUAGAAAUCUUUUUUAUUAAAA